CACAGAGACAGAGACAGACACGACCACACAGAGACAGACACGAACACACAGAGACAGACACGAACACACAGAGACAGACACGAACACAGAGAGACAGACACGAACACAGAGACAGACACGAGGCAGAGGCGACGCUAUCACUAGUAACAGCACACGAAGCCAAGUCAGACAUGACCAAGAAGGUCCAGUUUGACAGAGGUGAGAUGGAGGAGAGGAUUGUGGACAUCUACGUCAGUGCAGACACCCUGAGAGACCAUGAGACCAGCACCAAGACAGAAGAUGUAGAACACACUUCAACUAAUGGACCGGGAGACCAGCACCCAGAGCCUAAUAGCACAGGGAAGAGACCCUUCUUAGCUGUUGCAGUGUGUCUGGGGCUGCUGUGUGUUCUCCUACUGGCUGGGAUCAUAGGCCAGUCUUUUCACUGCUGGAACAAGUUUGCAUCCUGUUGGUACUUCGUCUCUUCUGAGAGUAAAACCUGGAGUGAGAGCAGACAGGACUGUGUGGAGAAAGGAGCAGACCUGGUGAUCGUAAACAGCAGAGAGAAACAGAGAUUUCUCUUUAGCCUCAACACAAGAUUCUGGAUCGGUUUGACUGACAGAGAGACUGAGGGGUCCUGGAAAUGGGUUGACGGCUCACCACUGACAACAAGUUACUGGAUAAUCGACCAGCCUAAUAAUGGACGAAGUCUUUCAACCUUUCCGGGGGAGGACUGUGUUGUACUAAAAAAUGGACAAGAUCAGCCUGAAAAGUCAUGGAAUGAUAUAAAUUGUACACAAAAACGUAUCUGGAUUUGUGAGUUGUGUAACAAUAACCUCCUGUAACUACUAUCUCCCCAUAUCUCUCUCUCUCUCUCUCUCUCUCUCUCUCUCUCUCUCUCUCUCUGACUCGCCCUCUCUUAUUUUGUCUCCAUCCCUACUCAUUUAUGUUUGUUUCAUUCUGAACAUAUGAAUCAAUAUCCCAUUUACUUCCUGGGAUGCAUUAGUAGCUUCCUGUCUUCAGUAGUUAAAUGAUGGACACAUCAGACACAGA